UUUCCUAUUUUCUUGCCAUAUGACCAGAUUGAAGUCAUAUGAUUACAAAUUUACUGAAGAUCGUAAUUUAGUAGGCUAUGUUCGCGCUGUUUUACCCCAAGAUGUUGGCCAAGAAUCAACGAAGUGGGGAUUAGCGAACAUUGUACUCUGUUUGGGACCUUCAACAGACAUCCUUCAUCAAACCAUACUUUAAGAUGAGCUCCGAGCAGGCCAACCCACUGCCGGCAUUCCGUUCUGACUACAACUCCUGGGACCUUCGCCUGCAGGUCAUUGGUCUGGGCUUUGCCUUCUACACAGCCAUCUUCCUCCUUUCCCACCUGGUGUCCAGAGCUUUCUCCCAGACCUACUGCUCUCUGCUGACUAAGGAGAAGGUGUUCUGGAACCUGGCGGCCACACGGGCGGUGUUCGGUCUCCAAAGUACCGCGGCGGGCCUGCGGGCGCUGACCGAGGACUCGGCCUUGUCCAGGGACAGGGUCAGAGGUCAGGAGGACUGGUCAUGGUUCACCUUGCUCACCGCCACCGGCUUCUUCCUGUUUGAGAAUGUGGCUCUGCACACCUCCAGCGCAGUGUUCAAGUCCUUCGACCUUCCCCUGGCCACCCACCAUUUCUUCGCGCUGUCUGGGUUUGCCGGGGCUGUGUUCUGGGACUCGACAGGACACCACCUGGCUAUGGUCACUCUGCUGCUGGAGAUGAGCACGCCUUUCACCUGCAUCUCCUGGAUGUUCCUGAAGGUGGGCUGGGCUCAUAAGCUCUUCUGGAAAGCCAAUCAGUGGGUGAUGGUCCACAUGUUCCACUGCCGCAUUGUGGUGACGUACUACAUGUGGUGGGUGAGCUGGAGCCACUGGGGGGAGAUUCAUGUUUACGUGGCCCUGCCCCACCGCGUCCUCUUCUACACUGGCCUGGCCCUGCUCACUGUGGUCAUCAACCCCUUCUGGACACACAAGAAGACCAUGCAGCUCCUUAACCCAGUCGACUGGAACUUCAGCGACAAGCCGCCACCCAACAGGUUCGGUGGGGAUCGGAAGGAGAAACCUCACGAGAGCUGAGAGGGCCAAGUACUGUAGGCCAAACUGGAGAGUCGUAUGGCACUUUCCCUAUACCUGCUGAGGAAAGGAAGGGAGAUUCCUAGACUGUUUUUCAGUAACUCUGGCGCUCCAUAGGCCACUCUUUUGCAUUUUUAACACAAGGUCAAGGCCAUUCAAAGAUUUGGUUACUAACCGUUUGCUUGUUAUUGUUUGAGGAUUUCAGGGUAUACAGAACGGCUGUACCAUGUUGUAUUGGGUCUCCGUGUAGGUUUGCUGCUAUGUAUCAAUGGGCUGUGGAUUAAAGAGCCAGUUAUGGAUGUUGAAACUUAGCUUUUGAAACAUUUCACUGUAGACAAGAAAUGUUGUAGGUCAACAACAUCCAUAACUGGCAACAACACAGAAACCAAUAGUUGCAGGAUCUGUCAGAGGAGGACUCUUUCAAAUGUGAUCUACUUCUGGACAGAGGGGUUCCAGUCUUGAUUAGGAGUUCUGUCGAUGGUGUACUGGAUUUGUUGCACGUGGUUGAAUCUUUAUCCAUUCCUUUUGUUAUCUAGUCACCUUGACCAAGUGGUCCCUGUGCCCUGUGAUUGUCCGAAUCGCAUCUUUGAUCAUGGGGUUGAUUCGAUGCGUCAACUCUCAAACAUUUUACAGUGGAUGUUACGAUGGGAGCACUGAGAAACAGUCCUCUAUUCAAAUGAGAUGCUGAAGGGAAUAGAGGCUACUAAGAAGUACCACCAUUCAGGCCAAACCAAUGGUCAUGUUGCUUCCUGUUGUCAUUAACAAACUCUACCGCUGGACUUCCUGCGAAGAUGAGUUACGUGUUCUUUUGUAACAAGUAAUCCUUUUUAAUUACCAAUAUCAAUGGACACUCUGGAAGCCUGCAUAUAUGUUGCUAAGUACUAAAUCAGAAGUUAAGAGUAACUUGAAAACGGAGUGACCAAAAGUCAAUUAUAACAUGGAUAGUUACACUGAGGGCUAACACCUAUACACAUUUUUAUUAAUUUUUUUUACUGGUUGGGACUUUCCUUGUGUAUUCCUCUGGAUGACCCUAUUGAGUGUGUUAUCAUGAGGGAUCAGAGAAUUCUCAGGAAGAAAACUUGACUGCUUGGAAAUUGAGAUUUCCUCAGCAGUGCUGCCUGUAAGCUUACAAAUGUCGUAAUGGGAACGAUCUAAGGAUGUGUUCUAUUAUUCUCUAUGCUUGAGAUGGGGGUAGAGGUAUUUUAAACCCUUAACCUGGUCAUUUGUGGACAAUGGUGCAUUUUAGUCCUGUAGACUAGCAUAGAGGACUUUUGGAUCAACUCACCCACAUUGAACUACAUCUACACCAUCCUAUUAGCCCUACUAUACAAAGGCUCUCUUGUUUAGAAGAGAGGCUUAGAAAACAUUGAACCUUAGCAAUUGGAACUGCUUACGACAGCUUCCUCAAGACAUGGGUCUGUUCAUGGUUGGUGUGAAUACAUUUAAUAUUUAAAUCUAGAUACAUUUUAAGGAAAGGAUCAUGUUACUUUGCAUCACAGGUACGUGUUAUUGUUUAUCCACUUCCAUUUUUACAAUCGGCGUUACAUGCGGUAUCAGUCAGAUGUUAGAACAGUCAGACUACUUGGAAAGAUAAAGGUGUGAUAUGGUACGGCCACAAAGCAAUUAACAGUAUUUGAUCUUUAUUCAGUGUCCGACAUGGUUGUGUUGGUUAUUUGCCGCACUGAUAAGAGGCACAGUCAGCAUUUCUUAUGAUGAUUUUGAUUUUAAUUAGUUGCUCCCAGCUUUAACUAAAGACAAAGAAGUUCUUAUGGGUUCCAAACAUGAGACAAAUCCUAAGUCUUUUCCCCAUUUAUUUAAAAAUUGUUAAUUACAACACAGUGUCGUUUUAAUAUGCUUCUGAUCUUGUUUUCACAGUUUCAUUUCUCUUAGCCUGUUACUAUGAAGUUGUGUAAUGCAUAACAUUAUUCUCAGGCUGCUGAUUUGAAAUUACACAAAACGUAUAUGUCAAUGAUGUCUAUGAAUUCAUGGCAGUAAAUAAUUAAUCCACUAGGUGGAGCUAUAAGACAGCAUUUUCCAUAUUUCAAGGUUUCUGAAUUGUUGACUCAAUGGGUAGUCUGUGGUGGAAGUAACAUCAAUAAUGCAUCAGAUACAACACAUUUUUAUUUUUAAUGGGCUUUAGUCUGGACUUAUCAAGGUUUUGCUUAAUGUUACAUAAGACGUUUUUCACUUCAAUGUGAUGUUGACCACUUCCUCAAGCAGAGUAAAAAUUUACUUCAGGUUCAAGAAUGAUGUGGAAAAGUCUGUCUGGAUAAGAUUGUAUGGUGGAAAUGAAUCACGGCUAUAGGAAAAAUAAAUUAAUAAAAUAAAUUAUAAAGAUC